GUUUUCCUCUAGCUGUCAAAAUCUGUCACUGCCUUUUUGUUUCGGCCAUUUUUGCCGAAAGUUUGGUGGACUUCUUCGGUCGCGAAUCCGUUCGUGGCCUUUAGAUCACACUAAUUAAAGUUUGUCAAGAUGGUGCAGAAGAAGCCUAAGAAGAAGGUUGGGAAGAAAGUAGCGGCCGCCCCUCUGGUCGUGAAGAAAGUUGAACCCAAAAAGAUCGUGAACCCACUGUUCGAGAAGAGGACAAAGAACUUCGCUAUUGGUCAGGAUAUCCAGCCAACACGUGACCUGUCCCGCUUCGUGAGAUGGCCCAAAUACAUCCGCAUCCAGCGGCAGAAGGCCGUCCUGCAGCGCAGGCUGAAGGUGCCCCCACCAAUCAACCAGUUCACCCAGACACUGGACAAGACUACUGCCAAGGGUCUUUUCAAAAUCCUGGAGAAAUACAGGCCCGAGACUGAGGCAGUGAGGAAGGAGCGCCUUAGGAAAGCUGCUGAAGCCAAGGUCGCCAAGAAAGACGAGCCCCCAGCAAAGAGGCCCAACACAAUCCGCGCUGGCACCAACACUGUGACCAAACUCGUUGAGAAGAAGAAGGCACAGCUUGUGGUCAUCGCUCACGAUGUUGACCCCAUUGAGCUGGUACUCUUCCUGCCUGCCCUCUGCCGUAAGAUGGGCGUCCCGUACUGUAUCGUUAAGGGCAAAUCCCGCCUCGGAGCCUUAGUACACAGGAAGACUUGCUCAUGCUUAGCUCUGACACAUGUGGAAUCCGGUGACCGUGCUUCCUUCACCAAGGUGGUGGAGGCCAUCAGAACGAACUUCAACGAGAGGUACGAGGAGCUCCGCCGACACUGGGGCGGUGGCGUCCUGGGCAACAAGUCCAACGCCCGCAUCGCUAAACUCGAGAAGGCUAAGGCGCGAGAGCUGGCGCAGAAACAGGGCUAAGCCAAUAAAACUUUAUCUGUA